AUGAGGCUUUGCGUCCUCUUAUCUUUCCUAAGUCUAAAUAUUUAUUGGGAAGUUUUUGCUAAUGGCAUAGGUAAUCGUUACUUUUUGGAAAAACAGCGUUUUCUGCUGGAAAUUCUGCAUCAUGUACACGAGCCUUUAAUGAACCAACAAUGGCGAUUAUUGGGUGCGCAGUUGGUAACCGAUAAGGAGCAGUAUGUGGUCUACAACGAUCAUAUGAUCGAGUUUUAUAAGGCAUUUAAUUCGGGAAGACUAUUACAUAGAAACGAAUACUACAAUCCGCUCUAUGCCGAUCAUUAUCAACAAACGCUGGGACUUUUUCAUUUUUUCUACAACUCAAGAGAUUGGUACACUUUAUGGCAAAAUAUUUGCUGGGCAAGAGUUCACCUAAAUCCGGGAGUAUUUGUUCAAGCUCUGACCCAAGUUAUCUUCAAAAGAGAGGAUUAUCAGGCCCUGGUUAUGCCCAAGGUCUAUGAAUUGUGGCCAGAAACAUAUCACGAUGAUAAAACUUUAAGAAAGGCAAGAAAUUUUAACUUUGCCAACUGGAUAAAAUACGAGAAUUUAAGUGACAUUAAGGAAAUCCACCCGCAAAAAAUUGAACCUUUAAGUUUGGAAGGUGGUCUGCGAAACUCGAUUGAAUGGUUUCAGGCCAUGGCCGAUGUGAAUAUUCUCAGAAUGAAGCAACAGAAAAGGGAGAAUAAGCUACAGCACUUGCUGGAGGAUAUUGGUUGGCAAUCAUAUUGGUAUAAUCUGAACGUGGGUAUUGCUUUGACUGAGGAAAAGUCAGAUGAGUUGCAGGAAUGGUGUUACUAUCAAUUAAGUCAAGUUUUAGCACGUUAUAAACUGGAACUUUAUGGCCAAAAGCUCUCUUAUAAGAGGUUAAGACCAGCUGGGAAUAAACGAAAACAGAAGCGUAGACUCCAGGAAAAGUCCUCGAAAACUACGCAAAUGAUUAUUGAAAGUCUUAAGGAACUGGAGGCAAAAGUUGGUGAUGCCAUUGCCUUUAGAAGUUUUCCACUCUCUAAUGGUACUUAUAUUAAUUUGGAGAAGGACAACAAUUGGCUGAUUGGACUUGCAGAACUGUUCCCAUACGAUUGGACGAAAUUAACCGUAAAAGAAAUUAUCCAACCAGAAGAUUUAAUGGAUACUCGAACUUCACUAAGGUCCGAUAACUUUUAUUAUUAUGCUGAGCGAGUUUUGCAGUCAUAUCGUUGGUAUCGUCAGGUCUUCCAACCCUCUACUCAGAAAAUAUUUAUUCCCAGUGAUCUUCGCAUCGAUGAUUUGCAAAUAAGUCCCCUUAUCACCUACGAUCAGCCAGUGGAUGUAGAUCUCAGUAAUAUCCUACACGCCAAGCAUUUUUACCUAGCAGGACAGUUUGUGUGGCCCUUUACCUUGCAACAACGUCAGAUUCGACUGCAGCACAAGGAUUUCAACUAUAAUCUACAAGUAUCAAGCAACAAAACGCAGUCUACCAUUUUUCGAAUUUUUCUAACCACUCCGGUAAAAGGAUCCAUACAAAGAGAGCCCUUCUAUCAGUUGGAUUCGUUUUUAACUGUGAUAUAUCCAGGAAUUAACAGGAUUACGAGGAAAUCAAAGGAGUUUAGAGGCCUGAUUGGCGAUCACAUCUCAUACACUGAACUCCAUCAAUUCGUAAAGUUGGCCGAAAGGGAGAAAUAUGACUUCCCCUUGAAUAUUUCCACUCCAAAUUGUGGAUUCCCUAGACGGCUGAUUUUACCGCGGGGAGGUACGAAAAAUCCCCUUAAGAUGCGACUUCUAAUUGUGGCCACAGUCUACGACUUUAAGGCUCGGCAGGGCAACGAACUAAACUGUGACUUCACCAAGGGUAUCAGUCGUUGGGAUGAAUUACCCCUGGAUUAUCCCUUUGAACGCAUUCUGGAAGACGAUACUCAGGCGGUUGAGAUCUCCGCUGAUCAUCUGUACUGGAAAGAUGUCUGGAUCCAGCAUGAGGAGCAUCUGGCAUAA